AUCGCCGCCAAUCUUUGUCGACCCCUGCCGUGGGGUGUUCCAAUCAAAGAUGCAGCAUUUGCUUGUGUAAAAUCAUACAUUUAUUACGCUGCAUUGAAGAAUUCGUACGGAAAAUAGUUAAAUUAUUUCCCGCAUCCAACAAACCAUUCCUUAUUUCCAAUUUCAUUUACCUUUCCUCCGGCCCGUUCGUUUCGAACCAUUCGAAGCUGUCAAACUGUCGUUCCCCGAAGUGACACAAAAGACACACGCUCGAAUGGCAGCAAGCGGCAGCGCACAGUGUUGUUAUGUAAAGUAAACCAUUCUCAAGCUGCUGCCGGGUGGCUUUAACGCAAGAUGCUGAAAGUGUUCCAAUCGUCGUCCACCCUGCUGGGGCAGCAGCUGAAAGCGCUGGUUUCGGUCCGACACUACGGCAAACCGAACAAAAAGUUCCUCUACAAAGAUGGCAUCCUGAAGGACCAGAUUUAUUACUACCCACGGGACAACAACCGUGAACUACCUGCGCUGGAUGGAGAACCUUCGAAACUGUUCAGCGUUCGUCGAAUGAAACCAAUCAAAGGGCUGCCGUACUGGGAAAAGCGGAUACUGCGCGGCUUGGGACUGUAUGAGAAAAAUGCGGUCGCCGUGGUAAAGAACAUCCCGGAAAAUAAUGCCCGUCUGUGGAAGGUGAAGCAUUUGGUGGAGAUACUUCCGAUCACGUACCGGUACGGCGAACCGACGGAGGCCGAUAUCGAGCGAACGUUCCUGAAGGAGGAUGGCGAGUGUGUCGUGAUACGCAAGCUAGAGGCAGCGGAGGUGACCAACACGAAACUGUCCGCUGCGGAGCAGCUUCGUCACGCCAAAGAUCGUAUGGACGGGGAAACGUUACGAAAAGAUUCUCGGCUCAAGUGGUUGAAUGCGUGGUAAGGGAGGGUGGCAGCUUAGCGGGAUGGCCCUUGGCCCGUUUGUAGGUAGUGCGGAGGAGGAUUAAGUGACGUUUAAUAUAAGGAACAUUUAAAAA